UGGGAAGACGAAGAGAAGGCUAGGAAGGAAGCCAAGGCUCUGAAGAAAAAGGAGAAAGAACGGAAGGAAGCCGAAAAGAGAGCGGAUAUACGAAAGGAUUUGGGCAUCCAGAUGAGAAUGAAGAUACAAGAGCUGCGACAUGCGAUGCGACAUGAGAUCCGGGAUGAGUUUAUUGAGACUUUCAAGGAAGCUGUGCUACCGGCUUGCUUGCCAAGUCUGGACAAAGGGAAGAUGAAGAUGACUUAUCCUUCGGGCAGUGACUCACUCUCGGAACACAAUGGUGGUGAUAGCGACACGAGUGUGACGCAGGAGAUUACCGAGAAAGCGGGCAAGUUGUGUAUUGCAGAGAAAAGGAAGAGGGGGUCGGAACGAGUUUUCGAAGACAACUCUCCCAUGGAGCUGCCACCCAAAAGGACGCCGAAGAGGGGAGCCACGAAACUGGUGAUACUCUGUCCCCGUUUGACAAGAUCAAAGGCCAAGGAAGCUGGCAAGAAGAAUGGGUCAGAGAAGAAGCUGUCUCCUGUGAAGACUCCGCUAUCGCAUCGUGUUAAGAAUAUCACACCAGCUGAUAAAUCCGCAACGAAAGGUACGCUGGCUCGAAUGCGUUUCAAGAACAAGGUGAGGCUAGAUUUAAAGGAUAUGGAUGCUACAGAAUUGCAGAGGAUGUGCAAGGAGGAAGGUGUUCUGUACGAUAAAAAGGUUGAUGCGAUUUUCGAUAUCGUCAAACGACGAGCUACUUUAGCCUUUGGCGAUGAAGGUGCAACCGCUGAGGAAAUCAUCCAAGUUGAAUCUGAGACUUGUGAUCACCCCGCAGUGAUUCGCGGACAGUGAUGUGACUCUAGUGUGUCGCAAUUAUGGCAACUUUGCAAGUUUUUGACAAGCUAUCGGUGCAAGACACU